AUGUAUAUUUAUGUUUCAUUAGUUGGUAAAACUUUCGAAUUACAAGUUAAAAAUUCAGAUACUAUUGAAAAGGUUAAAUCUAGAAUUCAAGAAAAAGAAGGUAUUCCACCAGAUCAACAAAUUUUAAUUUUUGCAGGUAAACAAUUAGAGGAUGUUCAUACUUUAUUAUAUUAUAACAUUCGAAUGGAAUCCACAGUCCAUUUAAUAGUAAGAUUAAAAUAA